UGUAGAUCCGUGCUACAGGAGGACUUCUUAAAUUCCUGGAGAAGAAGAGGAUCGGCGUGGAGUUGGAACAAUCUGGUGUGAAUAGUCCAGUUCUCAACAUCAAAUCAUUCUCACUGUCUGAUAUGGUAAGCAUUGAUAUGAAUACCUACAGCAGUCUCCAGAUCUUCCAGAAGGAGAGUCAUCCAUCCGUCUAUAAAUCAGGUGGAAGCGGCUCCAAAGAGGGACUAAGUCUAUUUGACUGUGGUUCUUGCGUCCAUCUCGAAAUCUUGACCUUCUUCUGAAGCGACAGGAAGCGGUUUCUUUCUUCUUGAAUCCAAGGAAUGCGGAGGUCACUGGAUCACUUCAGAAUUGCCUCAAGAAUAUCAAAAAUGUUCCGAGAAUUUUCAAACAGAUGCAGCAAGCCCAAGCCUCCAUGACAGACUGGCAAUCCCUAUAUAAGACAGCCUACAAUGCCAUCAAUAUAGCUGAGAUAUGCCGGGCGCAGAAGGUUGAUGUACCCAUUUUCAAAAAGAUCUCGGAAGCAUUCACCAGCGAUGUUCACCAUGUUGCUGCAGCCAUAAGUCAACUGGUUGACUUUGAAGAAUCUUUUGCUCAGAAACGAUUUGUUGUGAAACCGCACGUUGAUGAGGAGCUUGAUCAGAGGAAGCGGACAUACAGUACUCUACCAAGCUUGAUGACAACCGUAGCAAGGGAAGAACUUGAUAGACUUGGAUCAGAGGUAGAGGAAUGUUCCAUCAUAUAUGUACCUCAGCUUGGAUAUCUGUUGGCCUUACCAUGCACUAAACACAUGGCUGAAACCAAGGAUUUCACAAUUGAAGGCUUGCAAUUCAUGUUCAUGUCCAACAAUGUUGUUCAUUACAAGAGUGCAAGAACAAGAGCCCUUGACGUCAAGUUAGGCGACACCCAUUGUGACAUCACAGACCAUGAAACACAGAUCAUGCAUCAAUUACAGAAUGAUAUCCUUCGCAAGUCACAGGUCUUCUAUGCUAUCAUGGAAUAUGCUGCUGAGCUUGACUGUUUGAUUGCUAUGGCCAUUGCUGCCAAGGAAGGCAACUACAUCCGGCCGGAGCUUAUCCCUGGUAAUCAGUUAGACAUCAUAGGAGGCCGUCACCCCCUUCAGGAGCUCUGUGUUACCCCCUUCGUUCCCAACGACGCUCACUUUGGAGGUGAUCACACCAGGAUCAAAGUCAUUACUGGUCCAAAUGCCAGUGGGAAGAGUAUCUACUUGAAACAGGUUGGUUUGAUCACAUUUAUGGCUCUGAUUGGUAGCUUCGUACCUGCAGAGAAGGCUAGUAUCGGCAUGCUGGAUGGUAUCUAUACUAGAGUUCACACACAGGAAUCUGUAUCAGUGGGACUAUCAACAUUCAUGAUAGAUCUUAACCAGCUAUCUGUAGCGAUCCGAGACGCAACCAAGAAUUCUCUUGUGAUUGUUGAUGAGUUUGGUAAGAGUACUGAUACAGUGGAUGGUCUAUCUCUGCUGGUGGCUUGUAUUAAACAUUGGGAAGCUAAAGAAGCAGACUGUCCUUAUGCACUGGUUUCAACACACUUCCAUUCAAUCAUCAGAGAAGGUCUUCUGUCAGCAUCGAGAUAUCUCUCUUAUCAGACCAUGGAAGUACUUGAGAACGAGGGUGAAUUGGUAUUUCUUUAUCAGCUGAUUGACGGACAUGCCAACUACAGCCAUGCAAGCCACAUAGCACUGACCGCUGGUCUACCAGAUGAACUGGUCAAGAGGGGUAUACAGGUCUCCAAACUUCUUAGAGAGAACCAACCAAUCCUCAGAGUUGAUUCCACAAACUCUGAGACCCAGUAUAAGAGAUACAAGGAGAUUCUGACCAAGUUCCUGGAACUAGACCUAGACUUUGACGACCUACCUGGAUUCUUAAGAGAUGAGGUUCUCCAAACUCCAUCAUCAGCCUCUAAUAAGUCCUAAGCCAAGGGGUAUGAUAAUGACAAGAUUCUAAUCAAGUUCCUGGAACUAGACUUAGACUUUGACGACCUACCUGGAUUCUUGAGAGAUGAGGUUCUUCAAAGUCCAUCAUCAGCCUCUAAUAAGUCCUAAGCCAAGUGGUGUGAUAAUGACAAGAUUCUGACCAAGUUCCUGGAACUAGACCUAGACUUUGAUGACCUCCCUGGAUUCUUGAGAGAUGAGGUUCUUCAAAGUCCAUCAUCAGCCUCUUAUAAUUCCUAAGCCAAGGGGUAUGAUAAUGACAAGAAUUUGACCAAGUUCCUGGAACUAGACUUAGACUUUGAUGGCCUCCCUAGAUUCUUGAGAGAUGAGGUUCUUCAAAGUCCAUCAUCAGCCUCUUAUAAGUCCUAAGCCAAGGGGUAUGAUAAUGACAAGAUUCUGACCAAGUUCCUGGAACUAGACUUAGACUUUGAUGACCUCCCUGGAUUCUUGAGAGAUGAGGUUCUCCGAAGUCCGUCAUCAGCAUCAAAUGAAUCCUAAGCCAAGUAGAUUCUGUCCAAGAUAUUUCACAUGAACUUAAUAUCUUCCCAAGAUCUUAAAUGAACAAUAUCUACAGAGUCCAUCGUCGUCAUCAAAGAUGAGUUGCAAAUCAAAGGACUUAGGCUUGACUUUGGGACUAACACUUGAUAUGAAAUUGAACUAAGUUUUUUUUUUGGUACAUCCCAUUGUCGAUUGUACUAGAUUCAUGAGGGAGCAGGUUCUCUAUUCUUCACUUUCCCAGAAAUUGACCAUCUGCAUGAAAAAGUUAAUAACUGAUUAACCCACCUUUUGUUUUUAAAACAUUGAAAACCUGACUUGCAUUUAAACCUGUUACCUAGUUGAACAAGCUGGUACCUGUACAAAGCCCGUGUGAAUGAUAGAAUGUAGUAGCUAAAAUGUUGAAUUGAUCAGCUGUGAUUUCCUUUCAUAAACUGAGUUAAUAAAAUUCAUUUAAAUUUAUUGAAACACUUCAAUAAAUCUGUAUGCAGAAUUCCUUUAAAAACUUACAUUCUGUACCCAUGUUUUGGAUGAAACUGUAAAAUAUAUCUACCGUGAUAUCAGUAGUCUGUUUUUAAUGAUAUUUUAUAUAAAUUUGAUUGCUCAAAUCAUCAGCAUUUUCUUGAGCUAUUUGAAUUGUCUAAAAGGAAACAAAGAACACUUUUUUAAACAAAUGUAAUUCAGGGUGUGAAUUGCCCUUCUGAAUAGUGAAAUCGUACACUUGCAUUCACUUAUACAAGAUGAUGUUAACAUUUGUUGUAUCAGUAUUGCAUCUCAAUUGAUGUGUGAAAUAAUAACCAAUUUACUAUUAUGUGAUAUAAUUGUAUCUGAUAUGAGACUUAAUUUGCACAUGAAUUAGAUUCAGAAGCUAAUCAGUGUAAUCCUUGUAACCUGGCAUACUUAGUCAACAAGCAUCAACCAUUUUCUAAACUUCAACAUCAGAGAAAUAGGAGAGAAACGAUAAUAAUGGGAAUUCAUGGCAUAUACCCUCAACAUUUAGACUCUGCCAAAAGGAUAUUGCUCCCUCUUGUGGCUAUUAUGCACACACUUGCAUAUAAUGCACAAUCCAUAUAUUUGAGUGAUAACAUUUUUGUCAUAAAAAGAACCCUAAUUGAUUUGAUCUUGUCAUAAAAGUAAAAAAAAAUCAACACAUCACCACAGCCCAGGUUUAUGAGCCAUUAUAUGCCCUAUCAUAAACAGAAAUGCUUGUUUUUAUGACCUGAUUAUACCUCUAUUGGUACAUUGCCUGCUUAAAUAUAUCGGUUUAUUUUGAUGUGACAUGUGUAUAUUCGAUUUGCAAGAGAGACCAGUGAGGAUUUUAUAUAGUUCAUGUAUACAAGUUUAUUAAUCAUUGUGCUUUAUAUUGUAUAAUUAAUAAGUAGUAGCAUAUGAUUGUUUACUCUUUAGAUACAUUAAAAAAAACAAAUGUACAAGUUCACAUGAUAUUUUUAACAUGUGUUGCCAAGUUCUGAAAAAACGAGAAAUCCUGUUGAAUCAAAAAAAUGUUUGUAAUAAAUGAUUUGUCUUAACUAAUCAAUC